GUUUUUAUUUACUUGUCAAAAUAGAGGUGCAUAUUUUAUUUUUUCCCUAAUUUCGUGAAAUAUUACUCAAAAUAGAUAAGAAUUCAAUAAAUUUCAUGCGGUCUGUUGCUUGACGUGUGAUAAAAAUCAGCACUGAUACGUAUAGGUGUUCCGAGAAAGCACUGGAAUCAUCCGUUACAGUUUUCUUGCAUCAUCCAAGCAGCAAGAAGCAAUAUAUUUUACAAUACUCAGCAGAUUGUUUUCUAAAAAGGAUUUUCGAGAAGGUGCUUGCUAGAACAAAAAUAGUCAUAGAAUGCCUAUCAAUACGCGUGAACUAAUGGAGGCGGUAGGAACUCUAACGGAUAACGAAAACGUACGGGUCACGGUGAGGAGUAGUGCCAAAGGUGCUGCCAUUUGUGGUGCUACCUGCUUUGUUGGUGGCCUUCUGGCUGGUCCAGUCGGUCUAGCAGUGGGAGGAACGAUUGGUGCCGUCAGUGCUGGUAUGAUGAGCCGCGGGAAAUUCCGUCCUGUUAGCGCGAUCAUUAUGCAUGAAAUGAGUGAACGUGAACGAGAGCAACUGAAGGAACGUAUAGUAUAUGCCUUGCGGGAAUUCCAUCCCACCGAUAUGGCCAUGCUAUUGCCACUGCUAAUGGGUAAUCAAGUAGCCCAGAGGGCAAUCCUGAGUACCGUUGCGACGUUCAUAACAAACGAGAUGCGUAUGCAAAUUGUCGACUGACACCGUAUUCACGGUUUACAAUAUCAGGUGAAGCAAGGAGUAAUGAUAGCGACGGAUAGCUGAAUCUAAGAGGGUAUAAAAGUGUUGGUAAGAAACUCACGCUUUUAGAGGCAAAUCUAUAGAUGCAGCCACUCUAGGGAAACAUUGCACGAGGCUUUCGCGGAUUUUACGGAACUGAACUUGUUAUUUAAAAUGACAUUUAGGAUAAUUAUAUUUCAUAACGUUGAAAUAAAAUUGCACGAUGAAAAUUUGUA